GGGGCACAGUGGGUCAUGGAAGAAGUGCGACAGUUACUUCUCCCUUACGGCAGUUGAUGACAUGUCAACAACAGUCAUGGCAACCAACAGCAACUACUGGGAAGAUUUACGGAAGCAGGCCAGACAGCUGGAGAAUGAGCUGGACCUCAAGCUGGUCUCGUUCAGUAAACUCUGCACGAGUUACCGCGGCGGCCAUGACCAGCAGGAAAGAGACAGCAGGUCAGAGUCUUUUGGGCCGUUCCAAGACAACGUGCUGGUGGCCAUGACCUCUGAAGUGGAGCAGCUCUUGUCUAAACUUUCGGCGGUGAAUGACAAAAUGGCCGAAUACACAAACACACCUGGAGCGUUGUCGCAUAACGCGGCUCUAAUGCACACCUUGCAGAGACACAGAGACAUUUUACAGGACUACACACACGAGUUUCACAAAACCAAAAGCAACUUCUUGAGCCUUCGAGAGCGGGAGGACCUGCUGGGCUCUGUCCACAGAGACAUUGAAUCCUACAAAAGCAGCUCAGGAGUGAAUAAUAGGAGGUCUGAACUUUUCCUAAAGGAACAUGAACAUCUGAGGAACUCUAAUAGUCUCAUCGACAGUGCAAUAAGCAUCGCCAUGACUACAAAGGAGAACAUCACAUUUCAGCGUGGGAUGCUGAAGUCCAUUCAAACCAGGGUCACAACUUUGGCCAAUCGUUUCCCUGCUAUCAACAGCCUCAUCCAAAAAAUCAAUCUGCGCAAGAGGAGGGACUCUUUAAUCCUGGGUGGAGUGAUUGGUAUCUGCACCAUUCUCCUUCUGCUCUACACUUUCCACUAAAUAUCUGCUGAAACUCAGACCGAAUGUUGCCAAGAGAUUUAUAUGCUGCUCUGUGUUGUAACUGAGAGAAAUAAUUGCUAAAGCUUGUUUUCUUGUUGGUGUUUACAGUACAAAUGCUUAAAGAGAUAUUUUCCUGGGAUUAUGUUCUGUUGAUGUACAUUUUUCUUAAUUAAAAGGUGGCGAGCGUUCAAAUC